AUGAGCGGCUCGUUGUAUGUCGGUGAUCUUGAACCGAACGUGACUGAAUCGAUGCUUUACGAGAGGUUCAGUGCGGCCGGUUCGGUUCUGUCCAUCCGGGUCUGCAGAGAGAAACUCAGCGGCCGCUCGCUCGGAUACGCGUAUGUGAACUACGAACGACCUGCGGAUGCCGAGCGUGCCUUAGAUACGAUGAACUUUGACCUGAUCAAUGACAAGCCCAUGCGUGUGAUGUGGUGUCAGAGAGACCCUUCGCUGAGGAAGAGCGGGGUGGGAAACAUCUUCAUCAAGAACCUGGAGAAAUCCAUCAACAGUGAGGGGCUCCUCGAUAUCUUCUCAUCCUUCGGAAACAUCUUAUCCUGCAAAGUGUCUAGCGAUGAAAAUGGAUCUAAAGGUUUUGGAUUCGUGCACUUCGAGACCCAUGAAGCUGCUGAAAAAGCCAUCAACAGAUUAAACGGCAUGUUGAUCAAUGAGCAGAUCGUGUUUGUCGGCCACUUUAAGUCUCGUAAAGAGCGUGAGGCAGAAAUGCAGGCGAGAGCCAAACAAUUCACCAAUAUUUACAUCAAGAACUUUGGAUCAGAUGUGAAUGACGCAACGUUCAAUGAGACAUUUAGCAAAUUUGGCUCAACCGUGAGCGUUCGGGUCAUGACCGAUGAGAGCGGAAACUCUAAGGGAUUCGGUUUCGUCAACUUUGAGAAAAACAGUGAUGCCAAGAGGGCAGUGGAUGAGAUGAACGGGGCGGAGCUGAACGGCAGGCGGCUGUAUGUGAGUCGCGCUCAGAAGAAACGAGAGCGUCACGCAGAACUGAAGCGCAGAUAUGAGAAGACAAAGCAGGAGCGCAUCGCACACUAUCAGGGAGUGAAUCUGUACAUCAAAAAUCUGAGUGACAGCGUGGACAACGAGCUUCUCCUCAAAGAGUUCUCACCGUACGGCAACAUCACCAGUGUGAAGGUGAUGACGGACGGCGGCCGCAGUCGUGGUUUUGGAUUCGUUUGUUUCUCGUCUCCUGAAGAGGCCACUAAAGCCAUCACUGAAAUGAACGGAUGCAUCAUCGCGUCCAAACCGAUAUACGUCUCGCUCGCUCAGCGGAGGAGCGAACGACAGGCUCACCUCAUCCACCAAUACAUGAUGAGAAUGAGCUUCAAUAACCAACAUGUGAUGAUAAACCCGCUCAUGGAGCCGUACCAUUCAAACCCGCCGUCUGGAUACUGUAUGGAUCAGCAGAUUCAGAGUUUCUCUCCAUUCUACCCUUACGGCCAUCUCGCCCAUCCUCACUUCAGCACUCAAUGGGACACACCGGACUCCGGCCCUCAGUGUGAAUAUCCAAACCAUGCCGAUGGUGGUUCAGUCCACUGUGAGUGCUCGACAGGCACCCCAGAUGCCAUGUGUGACGCAUUGCACAGUACAGGUGCAGUCAUAAGAGUGACUUCAGUGAACGGAGAAACGCAGUAUAAAGUCCCACCUGAUGUCCGCAACCGUCGCAAGUCCGCGGAGACUCCGCCGCAGCUAUGCGACACAGUGCAGCCUGAUGUCAACACUGAAGAGCAGGAGUCUCUGACUUCAUCCUCUCACGAACCCCACAAGCAGAUGCUGGGUGACAGUCUGUUCCCGCUCAUCCAGGAGAUGGUGGGGCCGCAGGCGAGUAAAAUCACUGGAAUGCUGUUAGAGAUGAGCGAAUCUGAGCUGCAUCACCUGCUGCAGUCGCAUGAAUCUCUACGCUUAAAGGUGAAUGAAGCAGUGGCUGUUCUUCAAGCUCAUCAGAUGGAGGAUGCACAGAAAUCUUUGACCAGCACUGGCCUCCGUACAGUCUGA